AAGCAGGAGGGAAACUUUGAAUUAAAACUCUGAAUAUGGGUGGGAUAAUCAGUGGAUUUGAUGAACCAUGCGUACAAACCUGUUCUCACUCGAGACGCAAAGCUUCACGGCAGCAGCAGGAUGAGGUCUGGCUGGAUGAAAGUGUUUCUGACGGUCCUUGUGGUGGCUUUAGUCUCGUUAUACCUCAGCUUCAUAAGGACGGAGGUCCGCAUCCAUUCAGAGAAACUCCAGAGGGCCCACCACAAUGAGUCCAUCAGGGGAGAGGGAAUGCUCCAGAGGAUGGACAAGAUGGAGCAAAACAUCAACAAGCUGCUCAGCUUGAUGGAAAGACAUGAAAAGAAGGAGAAAAAGGUAGAGCUGAAGAAGAAGAAAGUGGAGAGAAAGCUGUAUCCAAACUCGAAUCUGUUCCUCAAGUGGGGAGACGGCCUGUCGGAAGAGGAGCAGAAGGAGGCGGAGAGGUUGUUCCAGAAGUACGGCUACAACGGCUUCCUCAGCGACCGACUGCCGCUCAACAGAGAGAUUCCUGACACCAGGCCUCCGAGAUGUUCAGAGAAGACGUAUCCAGAGGAUCUUCCAUCUCUCAGCGUUGUGCUGAUCUACCUGGAUGAAGCUCUGUCCAUCAUCAAGCGGGCCAUCCGCAGCAUCAUCGAUAAGACGCCCGCUCGGCUGCUGCUGGAAAUCAUCCUGGUGGACGAUCACAGCACCAACAAGGAUUUAAUGGAGAAUCUGGAUGAAUACGUGGACUCCAUCCAUGAGGAGCGUCUAGGUCUGAUAAAGAGGGUGCGGCACGCGGAGCAGCUCGGUCUCACCCAGGCCAGACUGUCGGGGUGGAACGCAGCUGCAGGAGAUGUGGUGGCCAUCUUGGACGCUCACAUAGAAGUCCAUGUGCAAUGGGCAGAACCUCUGUUGGCUCGGAUCAAAGAGGACCGCACCGUGAUCCUGACUCCAGUUUUUGACAGGGUCAACUUUGAUGACUUGACGUUGACUCCAUAUGCACCCAACGCCCAUGGCUUUGACUGGGCAACGUGGUGCUUGUACGAGUCCUUCAGACCAGAGUGGUACGCUUUAAGGGACGAGUCGCAACCUGGCAAGAGUCCCUCCGUCAUGGGGAUUCUGGUCGCUGAUCGCAAAUUCUUUGGAGAGAUUGGAAGUCUCGACAGUGGGAUGAAAAUAUAUGGAGGGGAAAAUGUGGAGCUCGGCAUCCGGGUGUGGCUGUGUGGAGGGAGUAUAGAAGUGAUCCCUUGCUCUAAAAUUGCUCACAUCGAGCGAUAUAAAAAGCCUUAUGCCUCGGACCUCAUGGCCACGGUGAGGCGAAACGCCCUGAGGGUGGCAGAAAUCUGGAUGGAUGACUAUAAAUACAACGUGGAAAUUGCCUGGAACCUCCCAAUAGGGAAUCAUGGGAUAGACACUGGAGAUGUUUCAGAGAGAAGGAAGCUGAGAAAGAGGCUGAAGUGUAAGCCCUUCCAGUGGUAUCUAGAUAAUAUUUACCCCCUGCUGGAACCACUGAAUAACCUACUUGGUUAUGGCGGACUGAUAAAUGAUCAGCAGCCAGAGCUCUGUGUGGAUCAAGGUCCGACGUCUGAUUACACUCCCAUCCUAUAUGGAUGCCACUUUUAUUCCAGUCAGCACUGCUUUUAUCGUACUGAUGGAGCACUUUACAUCGGUGGAAUCAAAUCUCACAAAUACAACAGCAACAACUGUCUGGUGGACCCCAGUUUGGGAUCCUUACCGGGAUCUUACAGCUGCACAACGGCCCGGCAGAUGAAAUUCCACAUGCUUUGGGAUUUUAAACAGGGAGGACCGAUCCAGAACAGGGAAACAAAAAGGUGUUUGGAGAUCGUGCCAGGUGAAGAUGGCCGUUUCAGUCUAGUAGUUCAGCAAUGCAGCGGCCAGAGGUGGAACAUCCAACACGUCAUCGAUGUUAAAGCACAAAAAACUCACAUCCCGUCAGAACAAAAGCUGUAGCCCACAGUCGGGUCAGGAACAUUUUCUUACCUGUCAUUUUUCAUAUUUUGAAAAAUAAAAUGUUUUUUUCUGAUAA